UCUGACUUACUUCCUGCACAAAGCAAGCAACUGGAGGGAAAUAAUGAAGAACCUUCAUGAUAGAGCCAUGGUCAAGUCUCUGUUGCUGUUGAUGUUGGGGCUUGCCUUCCUGAGGGAAGCAGCAGCUCGGAAAAACCCCAAAGCAAUGACUCCUGUCCUCCAGAAGCCUGGGAAUUGCCCUCCUCUGGAAGACAACAGUGUGAGGGUUGACAUUCGCAUCCUCAAUCAAAACCAGGGCAUUGCCAUUUCACAUGACUUUCAGAACCGCUCCACCUCUCCAUGGGAUUACAACAUCACCCGGGACCCCCACCGGUUCCCCUCCGAGAUUGCAGAGGCCCAGUGCAGACACUUGGGCUGCAUUAAUGCCCAGGGGCAGGAAGACAACUCCAUGAACUCAGUCGCCAUCCAACAAGAGAUCCUGGUCCUCCGAAGGGAGCCCCAGGACUGCUCUCAUUCCUUCCGGCUGGAGAAGUUACUGGUGACUGUUGGCUGCACCUGCGUCACCCCCAUUGUUCACCAUGUGGCCUAA